GAUGAGGCAGCGGCGGUUGGAGAGGAGGCGGAGUUGGCGGCGGCGCUCGAGGAGAGCGCGAGGCUGGAGGUCGGGGCGACGCGUGCGCCGGGGGAUCAGGCGCGAGUCGCCGAGCGGCAGGGCGUUUCGUCACCGGCGGCGGAGGCGCCACCCGAGGGAGAGGAGGAGCCGCCGGACGACUUCGUCUGCCCAAUCACGACGGAGGUGAUGAGCGACCCGGUGAUGGCGGCGGAUGGGCAUGCUUACGAGCGGACGGCGAUCGAGCGCUGGCUCGCGAGCAAGUCGACCAGCCCUCUUACGGGCGGCGAGCUCGAGCACAGCAUUCUGGUCCCGAACCACAUGCUGCGCCGGAUGAUCCGGGACUGGCAGGGGGCGCAAAAGGCAGCGUGA